AUGCAGAUAUCCAACAUUGUCCAGCUUAUGAUACUGUUCUCUAUCGGCGCCCUGGCCUUUCCCACUCCAGCUGGCUCCGGAGUUCACAGCCCUGGCAUCGACCAAACCCAGGCCGGCGCAUCGGGCAGUUCCGUUAACCGCAAUCUCCACCGCGCCGAUAAUUCUGACAGACUUCAGGCGUCCAGCGUGCAAGACAGGACAAAAAGGCCUGCCUGGAAACAGGAAUUUGCGGAUCAGCUCCGCCAGGCGCAGCUCGCCCAAAAGCCUUACCAGUGUCCCCACUGCCUUGAUCCUAUCUCGGACGAGUAUUCACUGCACUUGCAUACCGAAGCCUUCCAUAAGGGUGCGCCUUUCUACUCGCAGAAAAACUACUACUAUGAUCGUCAAUGA